UUGGAUAGACAGGAUAGGGGUUCCAUCUUCCUUUUACCCCUUUAUGGUAAACAAUAUAACGUUAAAAAUCAAUUAUAAUCAACAGAUAAAUUAAAAAAGUUCCUAUGAUUGAAAGUUCCAAUUCGUAUGAAUUAAAUUUUAUGAGAGCUUGACUAUCACAUCUCGCUUAUCGACUCGAUACGGCGUGAUAUUAGGUAUUGUUGAUUAAUAAGUUUUGAUAAGAAUUUUUAUAUAAAUACUACCCGAAAUUAUGAACCCGGUACAGUUGUCUUCAUCCUCUGACAAGAUGAGGACUGUCCUUGUACUUGCAGCUGUGGUUGCUCUGGCUUUGGCAGGACCGGCUCCCACCUUUCACAAAGAUAUCAGCCAAAUAAAGGUAGAGAAUGUCGAUGCCACUAUCGUUGAACAUCAGUAUAAAGUUUUGGAACUUCUCGAUCAUGUUAACCAAGUGAACACCGAAGCCACGUACUACAAAGUCGGCAAGGCCUACGACAUCCAGGCUCACGUUGAUAAAUAUAAAAAACCUGAAGUGGUGUCAAAUUUCUAUUCGUUCUACGAGAAUGGAAUGGUGCCCAAAUACUACCAAUUCACAAUUUUCAACGACAACAUGAGAGAGCAAGCUAAGGCCUUGUACGAUAUGUUCUAUUACGCCAAGGACUUUGAAACUUUUUACAAGACGGCCUGCUGGGCACGUGUGCAUGUCAACGAGGGACUUUUCCUUUACACUUUCUACGUUGCUGUCGUCCAGCGUGCCGAUACCACAGGAGUGGUACUUCCUGCUCCUUAUGAAAUUUAUCCACAAUUUUAUGCUAGCCUUGAAACGAUCAACAAGAUAUACUAUGGUAAGAUCCGUGGAGAGCCUUUCGAAGAAUACCCCGAAUACGGCAUCAUGAAAGAAGGCAAUAACCACUUUUACUACCAAAACUACUCUGACUAUUACACUUACGGUGAUGAAUACAAAAUUUCUUACCUCACUGAAGAUAUCGGCUGGAACGCUCACUACUCUUACUUCCAUACUGUAAUGCCAUUCUGGGAAGAUGGUGACAAAGUUGCCCAUGGCAUCUUUAAAGAACGCCGUGGUGAGGUCUUCUAUUAUUUCUACCAACAGCUAUUAGCUCGCUAUUACAUGGAGAGACUUUCAAACGGUAUGAGUGAGAUCCCAACCUUCUCAUGGUACCAGCCAUUCAAACAAGGAUACUGUCCAUUCCUGACCAGUCAAAUAACACCAUUCGCUCAAAGAAGUAACAACUAUGUAAUGCAGAACAAGUACAGCUUUGAAGAUCUCCGUUUCGUCCGUAGCUACGAAGACAUGUUCCUGUCAUUCCUCGAGCAAGGCCAGUUUACUGCUUAUAACAAGCAAAUUGAUUUCUCAAACUCGAAAGCUAUCAACUUUGUGGGUAACUACUGGCAAUGCAACCCAGACCUGUACGAGAAGAUUUCCCAGCAUCGCAACUAUUACAACUCCUACGAGAUGGCAGCUCGCCGUAUCCUUGGUGGUGCUCCGAUGAAUUUCAAAUAUGACGAGUACGAAUUCGUGCCCACUGCCUUGGACUUCUACCAGACUUCCCUUCGUGACCCCGCUUUCUACCAAAUCUACAACAAGAUCUUCCAUUUUAUGUCUCAGUACAAGCAGUACUUGCCAUCUUAUUCUCAAGACGAUCUUCACUACGUUGGCGUUAAAGUUAACAAAGUCGAAGUGAGCAAACUCGAGACCUACUUCGACUUCUAUGUGUACAACGUAUCUAAUGCUGUGUAUUACCAGAACCAAGAAUUGAUCUCCGGCUCUGACAAACAAUACGCUAUUAUGCAGCCUCGUUUGAACUGCAAUCCUUUCCACAUUACGAUCAAUGUUAAAUCUGAUGUCGAGGAACAAGCCACUUUCAAGGUGUUCAUUGGUCCGAAAUAUGACAGCUACGACAAUGAAAUCUCAUUUGAAGACAAUUAUAUGAACUUCGUUGAAUUGGAUUGGUUCUCACAGAAGCUUUCUAAGGGUGAGAAUGUAAUCGUGCGUAAAUCUGAUGAUUUCUUCUUCUACAAGGACGAUUCUAUAUCUGUUGGUGAUAUCUACAACCUUUUGGCAAAGAAUCAACUGCCUACUGACAUGAUGUACAACUAUGGACACCUUCCUGAGAGGCUUAUGCUGCCUAGAGGCACAAAGAGUGGAUUCCCUCUCCAAGUCUUCGUUGCUGUCUAUAAGAGUCAGGGAGUACCCAAGGAGGUAGCAGAAACUAUGUUCUUCAUGGAUGAGAAGCCACUGGGUUACCCACUUGACCGUCCAGUUACCAAGUACUUCUUACAGCCCAAUAUGUAUAUCGAGGAUGUUUCCGUAUACCAUAGAGGCAAUGAGUACCCGACUUCUUACGAUGUUGUCCACCCAUAUGUAAAAUCCGUUUCACACCCGCAAUAA